AUGAAGCCCAGCACGUAUGUGUAUCUGGCGGCCUACUUUGGUCUGUCCACCGCUGCUCCCUGGAACAACAAGCGUGAUACCAACACUUGCCCUUGUGCUCCCGAUGGCCAGGCUUCCACGUCUACCCAGACCAUCACUCAAUGGUCUACCCAGACUCGCACCCACACCAUCACCGAGCACGUCACUCACUACAUGACCACGACUGCUGCUGGUUCAGCAGUCCCAUCUGUACAGACUGACGCUGCUGCCUCGUCUGCUCCUGGCUACCAGGGCGGUAACUACGGUGGUGCAUCUUCGGCCUCGCCUUCGACUUCUGAUGUCGAUGCCAUCCCCGCCAAUGGCUCUCCUACCGGUGCCGCUCCCGGCAACUCUGGUGCCAUCACCACCCUGCCUACUGCCCAGACCGAUGGCAACAACUUCACCCCUAUUGCCACUGGCGGUAUCCCCGCUGUCACUGGCACCACUACCAUGGGCUCAGCCGGUCCCGAGGUCGUCUACGUGACUGACGUCGUCUCUGAGACCGUCACCACUUGCCCUGUUGGCCACACAAUCUCGGAGGGUGGUUCCACCACUGUCUUGACCGCUCCUAGCGUCAUUACUUCGACCAUCACCAACAAGGCUACAGUCACCUCGACUGCUACUGGUUCGACUCUUUCGAGCGCCGACGCUGCCAUGCCUUCGUCUCCCGCCGCCAUCCCCGCCGCCAGUGAGGGCAUUCCUGCCAACGGCAACGGUACUCCUGAGACCACACCUGCCGGAUUGGAGGGUGUCCCCGCAUCUUCUCAAGGUGUUCCUGUCAACGGUAACUCUGGUCCUUCCGCAUCCGAGGGCGUCCCAGCUGUUUCCCAGGGCUCCACUUCUGAUGUCGAUGCCGCCAUGCCUUCUUCUCCUGCUGCAACUCCCGCCGCCACCGAGGGUGUCCCUGCCAAUGGCAACGGCACCCCCGAGACCACUCCUGCCGCCUCAGAAGGUGUACAUGCCGGUUCGGAAGGCGUACCUGCCUCCUCAGAUGUGCCUGCUGCCUCGGAAGGUGUUCCCGCAUACGGCAGCACUGUCGUCGUUCCUACCACCUCCACCGUCAUGCCCGUUCCUUCUUCGCCUCCCAACACUGACGAGACCCCCAACAAUAUGCCCUCCUUCGGUCAAUACUGGGGAACCGCAUCUGGUGGUGCUUCUUCGACUAUGCCUGCCGGUGCUGCUGCUCCUUCUGGCCAGAUGCCCACCAACUGGUUCCCGAGCAACUGGGCUACCGGCGUCCCCAGUUCGUCCGAGUCUAGUCCCGACGUUCCCGCUCCUACCUCUGUUGGUCCCAUCACAAUCACUCUCUACAGCACUCAAGUCGGUACCGUUAUCUCGUGUGCUGCCGAUGUCACAAACUGCCCGGCAUCAUCAACUGUGCUUUCUACCACUCUGAUCCCAACUGGCACCUCCGUCACUGACAUCGUUUCCGGUGUUGCUCAGCCUACUGGCGCUGGCUACACCUGGUCGAGCCCUUACUCAGCUGGUGUUCCCGCUCCCUCGAGCGCUUCUCCCAGCAAGAGCGCUGUUCCUAGCGACAACGCAACCGAUGCUAUCGCUGCCCAGGGCACCCCGGCUGCAACUGACGCCUCGCCUGCUGGCACUGACGUUCCCGCCUCGCCCUCUGACGUUCCUGCAUCGAGCUCUGACGUUCCCGCUGGAUCUAACGCGCCCACCUACGGCUCUGGUGCUUACGGUUCUGGCACUGGCUCUGAGGGCUCUUCUCCCUCUGUCCCUGUCCAGUCUCCCGCUGCCACCCCUAGCGACAACGCCACAGAUGCUGUUCAAGGCACAACCCCCACUGACGUUCCUGCCUCGUCUCCUUCUGACUCCGCUUCCUCGCCCACCGAAACUGACGUUCCCGCUGGAUCCGACGUUCCUGUCUACGGCGCUGGCUCUUAUGGCUCGACUUCCGGCUCUGAGGGUUCCGACAACCUCACCGAUGCUAUCCAGGGCACUGCUCCCACUGAUGCCCCUUCGCCAUCUGACUCUACUUCUUCGCCCUCUGACGUCCCCGCCUCGCCUUCCAGCGUCCCCACUUACGGCCAGGACUCCGGCUCCAACUCGGUCGCUGAUGCUGCCAAUGGUGUCCCCACCGGCACUGAUUCUUCCCCUGUUGUAACUGGCGCUCCUGGCGCUGGUGCUGGCGCUGAGGGUGGUAUUUUGGGUGGUGCUAGUGGCAGUAUUGAAGGUGGUGCCGGUUUGUCUGCUGGUGCCUCGCCUUCAGGUUCUCUCGCUGCAGGCGCCACAGGUGCUGCUGGCCUUGGUGGCUCGGCCGGCCUUGGUGCUGGAAUCAACGGAUCUGGCUCGGCCGGUCUGGGCGCAGGAAUUGGCAGCUCGGCUGGCCUUGGUGCUGGCGCUACCGGUACUGGCAGUCUUGGUGCUCAAGGAACCGGUUCUGCUGGACUGGGUGCUGGUAUUGGUGGUUCUGCUGGUCUCGGUGCAGGAAUCGGCGGUUCAGGUGCUGCUGGUCUCAACGCAGGAAUCAACGGCUCAGACUCGGGCUCAGCUGGCCUCAACGCAGGAAUUGGCGGCUCGGCUGGCCUUGGUGCUGGCGCUACCGGUACUGGCAGUCUUGGUGCUCAAGGAACCGGUUCUGCUGGACUGGGUGCAGGCAUCGGUGGUUCUGCUGGACUGGGUGCUGGUAUUGGUGGUUCUUCUGGUCUGGGUGCUGGUGCUACUGGCACUGGUGGCCUUGGUGCUGCCGCUUCAGGCUCUGCCGGUCUGGGUGGUUCUGCUGGACUUGAUGCUUCAGGCUCGCUUUCCGGUGCUGCUGGUGGCUCUCUCGACGUCCACCUUGGUCUCAACGCUACUGUCAAUGUCUGGGGCACUUUCGAGAUCCUCGCCGACCACAUCCACUCCUACACCGCCGAGAUCAACGGCACUCUCAACGCAAUCGGCUCGGCCAAGGCUUCCGCUGCUCAAAUCGCUGAGGUCAAGGAGAACAUCCAAGUUCUUAUCAGCCUCAUCGGCGAGGCCAAGGCUCACCUCAGUACUGUCGGCGGUAUCUCUGGUCACAGCAACGCUGAGCUCGCCAGCUUGAUCGCUGAGCUCCUCCUCGAGGUCGAGUUCACCGUCAAGUUCGCUGUCAAGGUCUGCGGCUUUGCCGUUCUCAAGGGUGUCGUCUUCUCCCUCGCCGCUGCCUGCCACGGUCUCAUCACCAUUGCUUGCUCCGUCGUCGUUGGUCUCAAGGGCGAACUCGCCGCUCACCUCAGAGGUGUUGUCGGUCUAGGAGCUUACAUCCUUGGCAGCAUCGUCUCUUUCAUCCUCUAG